AUGUCUACUACACCAAUACACUCUACAGGGCGUGGAGGCGCUGGCAACAUCGGUCGCGAUGACACUGUCUACGCAGACGGAGCUAUUACGCGCGAAGGACCUCAAGGCGAAUCCACAGCCAACGAGUUCUCUACUGGUCGCGGUGGUGCUGGAAACAUAGGCAAAUCGCCUCGUCUUGGACCACAGGACGUUGACGGUCAUCGUCGUUCCGCGGACAUCGUUCCUGAACUUGCGAUCCGUGAUGCUCAGGAUGAGUUCCAUACAGGCCGCGGUGGUGCGGGCAACGUCUACAAGGAGAAGCAUGGAGGACAUAGCAAAUCUCCUGAUCGCCAGGGGCUUGGUGACAAGAUCAAACAGGCACUUCACCUUGACAAAGAAAAGAAGCAUGAGCCUUCUCCUCUGGCACAGGAGACCACGGUCAUUUCAGGCGCAGGCGAGACACGAUGA